CCUCUGCGUGCGCACUGCCUUCUGUUUCCACGGUCUCUCUUCCUACUGUUUUGUGCAUAACAGCAGUUUCCUCUGCAGACUACUUUGCAAAGCUCCGUGCAACAAGUUUGCAGGAGCACCAGCACGCCGUCAGACAGGUUGACUUGCCUCGGCUGGAGCGGAGCUCCACUCAUCCAUCUGUCGCUGUCACCACAAAGUCACUGUACGUGAACGCUGCGUUGCAGGCGCACACACGCACACUCACUCACUCACUCACACACACAGAGCAGAGUGCCAUUAAUUCGUGACUCCGCGCCAGAUGCGGUUUGCUCUCAGCAGCGCGUGUAGUUGCUAGUUAAAUGGAGAACGCGGUGGCAAGAGGAGCAUCUAAGUGCGUGGAAAAAAUGGAGAAAGAAGUGGCGCCCCAGAAGCGACACUAUUGCCGCCCAACAGCGCUGAGCGUAUUCUCGUCUUUCUGUUCAGUGGCGUCCAUCGCCUUUUGCAUUUUCCUGAGCAUUAACGGAGCUGAUAUUAAGAACCGAGUUGUGGAUUUGGAGAGUGGGAAAGACGAGCACACCUUCACCCGUGCCUCCGGCUACUCCGUGGAUGAUUUAAAUUCACUGAUACAACAAAGAGUGGAUGAGCUGCUCUCUCAGCGCUCCUAUGAGAAUUUCGUCAGGAUUCGGACCGCCAGACAAACAUCACCUGAAUGCAACUGCCCUCCAGGGCCUCCGGGAAAGCGGGGAAGACGAGGCCGUGAUGGAGAACCUGGACCUCCUGGCCCUCCUGGUCCAAAGGGUGAAAAGGGGGAUCAAGGCGACCAGGGACCACGGGGAUUGCCUGGUCUCCCUACGCUGGCUGCUUUGCACAGCAAUCAGAUCCUGACUGUCAAGGGAGAUCAGGGGCAAGCAGGGCCACCUGGGCCCCCAGGGCCACCAGGCCCUCCUGGACCAAGAGGACCUCCGGGUGACACUGGCAAGGAUGGGCCCAGAGGUGUGACUGGUCUACCUGGUGAUCCAGGACAGCCUGGGGAAACGGGACCCAUGGGACCUCAGGGGCCGCAAGGGCUGAAGGGUUCACUCGGGCCUCCUGGCAUUCCUGGUGUUGAUGGACUGAAGGGGGAUGUUGGCAUCCCAGGACUGGACGGUGUUCCAGGAGCCAAGGGUGAAAUGGGAGAACGAGGUGAAAAGGGUGAUAUGGGUGAUGAAGGACCGAAAGGUGAACCGGGAGAGAAGGGAGAUGCAGGCUCCUCUGCAGCAGGCAUCAAGGGUGAACCCGGAGAGCCUGGAAGAAGCGGACUAAAGGGAGAGCCAGGACUUCCAGGGCUGCCUGGACUACCAGGGAUAAAGGGUGAGCCUGGAUUUCUUGGUCCCCAGGGUGAGCCAGGGCUUCCAGGACUCCCAGGAACUAAGGGUGAGAAAGGUGACCACGGCCCACCGGGGAAGGGUGAACGAGGGGAAAUCGGACCUGUUGGAGCGAAGGGUUCACAAGGAGAGGCUGGUACACCUGGCCCUAAAGGGUCAAAGGGGGAGACUGGAGAUAAAGGAGACUUGGGACCUAUUGGCCCAAGGGGCCCCCCUGGGCAGAAAGGAGAGCAAGGUGCCACUGAAAUCAUCGACUACAAUGGAAACAUUCAGGAGGCAUUACAGAAGAUUACCACUAUUACAGUUACGGGUCCUCCUGGGCCUCCUGGGCCAAUGGGACCACCAGGCAUAAAGGGGGAUCGUGGUCUGCCUGGUCUUCCUGGACUUGAUGGAGAAAGAGGAUACAAAGGCUCCAAAGGAGACAUGGGAAUGCCCGGAGCUUCAGGGGAGAAAGGAGCAACUGGUUUACCUGGCUUACCUGGUGUCAAUGGAAUGAAAGGGGAUAAAGGGGAUUCAGGAUUCCCUGGUCCUGAAGGUCCUUCUAUUAUUGGCCCUCCAGGACCUCCAGGGCCCCAUGGACCUCCAGGACCUAUGGGUCCCCAUGGCUUCCCUGGACCAAAGGGUGAACCUGGUUUGCACGGGGCAAAGGGUAUUCGAGGAGAACCGGGACACAAAGGGGACCGUGGACCAUUAGGUCUCCCUGGAGCGUCCGGCUUGGACGGCAAGCCUGGAAUUAGGGGCAUGGAUGGGCCUCCAGGUCCUGCUGGUCCAGCUGGGCCAAAGGGUGACAUUGGUGAGAAAGGAGCACCAGGUGAGCCAGGGCCAAGAGGACCUUAUGGACUACCUGGAGCUGCUGGAACACCAGGCUUGGAUGGGUUGCCAGGCUUAAAGGGAGAGAAAGGCGACGUUGGGGAAAGAGGAGAAAAGGGGGAGAAGGGAAAGAAGGGCAAAAAAGGGCCUAAGGGCGAGAAAGGAGAACAGGGUGCUCCAGGAUUAGAUGCACCCUGCCCAUUGGGCCCUGAUGGUUUACCAAUGCCUGGGUGCUGGCAGAAGGGAGUUACACCAUGGCUGGUAGCCUGAAUAUCCCCAGAAAGUAAAGCUGUUGGUUGUUGUUGCUUUAUUGUGGUGAUGCCUGCAGAGGGUGCAGUAUCAGCAGGUUUUUCACUGUUGCGCUCGUCAUCAGUGUGGUGCCCCCAAACAGCCACACGUCUCCAGGACACGAGGGAGGUGGGGGGUGGGGGACUUGGCAGGCUCACUGCACUGAAACGAAAAUGAAUCAGGCUCACACAGAUCUGAGGUCGGACAGGUGUGCUCGGGAGCCAUUCUGAGCACGAGAUUGAACUCUGCAGGAGGGUCUCCAUGAGUCUCAUCGAUCUACAUCAAGAUCAACAGGAGCAUCUCCCUCUCCUUGACGGGCAACGCCUGGUUUAUGGAGAGCGUUGAUAGACAUCAUGUUUGUUUCUUUACUAUUUUUAUCUUUUUUUCCCCUCUCAUUUUUUACACAUUGUAUUUUGUGUAUAAUAGCCUUUGGUGCCUCAAGCUUUUACUCAUUCCUUUAUCAGAAAUGUACGACUUUAUAUCACAUUUUGAAUAAUUACGAUGAGUUUUUUGUUUUGUUUUGUUCUUCUUUUUUUUUUGUUAUUGUUGUUGUUGUUUUCAGAAGGGAAAACUUUGGUAAAAAAAAACAAAAGAAAAGCUGCACUGGUUUUCAUAUACAUAUGUUUUUCCAGGAUGUUGAAACAGCAUGUAGCUUCAAGCUUCACCUGAGCAUACAUUGAGAUUCAUCUUAGUUGUACAGCCACCGAUCUAUUUGUACAAAGCACAGCCAGCAUUGUUGCAAAUAGGCUACUUUCUCAUUCUGGACUUGUUGUAUGGGAUAUUAUUUGUACAGUGUUGUCGGUUUGCUGCAUGUUCACAGUUUAUCACAUAUGGAUUUCUUAAAUGCUGAAAAGAAGCAUCGGUUUGAGGAAGCGCGACGCUUUGUUUCACGGCCUCAUCGGUGAGUUUCAUCUGAACACACGCAGUCCCUGGUUUGUCAGAUCGAGGCAGAUGAUGUUGAGUCUAGUGCUACACUGCUCUCUAACACCUUAUAUUGUCUUAAAUAUGUAGAAAACAUGUACUACAGUGCAAGGAAAGCUAAAAUUUGGCAUUUACCACAAACUGGUCACCUGCAGUCUAACUGGUGGCCAGUUGUGUCACAUUCCUCAUCAGAUGGAGCAAAAAAAAAAAAAAAUGACUGGAGCAGUAGAUUUAUGUCUCAACAUAGUUUAUACAGCCUUUCAUGUUUCCUAUCUUCACAUUGCCUUUUGACAUAGUAGGUGCUGUGUAAGGUAAUACCAUAUUUUUCUUCAACAUUAGAAAUAUGCAUGAAUCAUUUACUGUAAGCGCCGAUGUGAUGCAGCAGGAACCACCAGUGGAUCUGGAAGGAUUUCCGUCCACGCGGUUCCUGUUCAGCGUGCAGUUCAUCUCACCGUUUUAAAGACUGGAUGCACAUCAGUGAAGGUUGUUAUGGUGCUACCUGAUAAGUAGGUCAAAAGCAGUUGAUGUGCUCCAACAGUGGCAAGGACUACACGAGCAGUUUCUUUAUUGUUGUUGGAGUUUUAUGUAUGUAACAGUUUAAAGGGGUUUUUCUUUUGUGCAUAUAUUUGUGUGUUUGUCUCAGUAUUUUAAGGGGUACAUUAUUUAUUUUUCUAUGAUUUCUUAAAUGAAGGCAUUUUUGGUUCUGAACAGCAUUCCUUUCAGUUCUGACGCGGGUGUCCGCGAAUCUCCGUUCACAUCGAGAGUUCUGCAUCGCGCCGUGAAGCGGUUACAAAAAACAAUGGUACACGUUACAGAUCGGUGUGUAGUCACUGUGCAUUUACUUCAACUUGUAGGCCUUACCGUGACAUGCAUCUGCUUUUAUUAAUUUUGCGUGUCGAAAAGCUAACGAUCCCAGCAAAGUACUGAAGGCCUGAAUGUUGACGGGCACAGCCAAUGCAACGGUACACGGCUGAACAUGACAGCCUUUUUCUCACGCUUUCUCUUUGCAUUGAAUGUAGUUUGAUAUAUGUAUAGUGGAUUAUUAAUGUACUGUGUGUGCUCAUUUGACAUAAAGUGCAAUUUAUACUUUAGUUAAUGUGUGUAACAUCAAAUGCAGCUUAAAUAUCACAUUAAAGUGAUUCUGUAGCUCCAUUUGUUCGGUCAUGCUACCCUUUAUACCACUAAAAAAAAAAUGAAAUGUUUAUUCACCAGAAGGCAAGGAAACAUAAGUAAAUCUCAAUUUACAUCUUUUUUUUUGCUUAAAAUUGCCCUUCCACUUAUCGUUUUAUAGAGUUACUUCCACUGUGUCAUAUUUACUAAGUUUUUUAAUUGUCUAUUUUUAUUUUAUGCUUUGAUUUACAGUCUUUGUUACAGUAUUUGUCCUCACAAGGUGCUGUAUUCUUAGCAUGUGCAGCUAAUUUUUUUUAAUAGACCUUUUUUUUUUUUAAUUUGAUUUUUGUUUGAUUUUUGUGUUCAUUUGUUGAAGUUAAAUAUUUCAUUUAUUCUGCUCUUAGCAGAAGUGCCAAACAGUUUAUUUCCAUAUCAGUGUUAACAGGCCUGUCGAGGAGCUCCAGAAUGAGUCAGUAUUGAGUUUCAAGCAUCUGCAAGCUUGCAUUGUUGCAGAAAGUCAGGUUUUGUGAAGGCUGUGUGAGCCCUCACUCAGGCAUCACAGCGUCUCAGUAGAGCUGUGAUGCCUGAGUAGGAGCAGGAGAAUGGAGUCACAUCCACAGUGCUCCUCCUUAAUAUUGUGAAAGACACUGGUUUCUCAUGAGAACGUGGAUAUACUCCGAUGCACAGCAGCCUUACUGAAGUAAUUCUAUUGCCACAUCAUCUCUAAAGCAAAAUGCAGACUGUAGCAAAAAAAAAAGAAAUUAAGCAAAAUCAACUUUGUGACUCAUUGGAGUUUAUGGUUAGAUUUGUAUUUUUAAUUUUUUGGUUGUGGUAUAUGUUCAGUUUCUGUUCUGCAUUUGGUAUUUCUUGUGUUUUUGCCCACUUGGUUGACAUUUCUUUGAAGAGCCUUGUGUUCACAGACUAUAUUUCAAGUUGACAUUACAUAUGACUGUACUGUUGGAGCCAAAUAAACACAGUCUUUCAAAUACA